UUUGAGUGUCUUCAUUAGCGCGUAUUUGAUUGCUAACGUUGCGCAUUUGAAAUUCAAAAUGGUUAACGUAGAUGUCAAUGAACUUGGAAUAUCCAAAAAUUUGUUACAAAUGAAUUUUAUGCGACGAACUCUUGUUGCUAAAGAGAAAGCAAGUAAUCAAGCUCUUUCAGAUAUCCUCCCGGAUUCUCAAGAGUAUGAAUUCAAACUCCCUUGCUCUGUAGAGGAAUGUAUUAGUAAAAAAGCUCGUGUUCUCAAGUCAAGAUAUCGUUUUAAGUUUAUCAGGAGUAUAUUUAAACUUUAUAAUUUAUCACCUGGAUUUCGGGAAAGCUUUGGUGGCUUCAAUCAUCCACAGUCUGUAACCAGUAAUCCACUCCAUUCCUUACCUUCAAAUCAAAGUGAUUCUGUCUGCAAACUGCAAAAGGAAGCUUCAAAAUCCUCUGGAAGUAAAGUGUCGAAAACAAGUAUUCGCUUCAGAAAACUUAUUAAUCCUAAACCUUCUAAUUUGAAGAAUUCAAGGGAUCGAAAAGGCAAAAGAAAAAGUACUCAUAAAACUAUUUGUUUCGAUGUAAAUAAAUUUACAAAUAAAAUUGUCCAACUUUUGUUAUGA